CGUCAAUGCAGCAUGGGCCUUAAUCUCUACUCCAGCACUAAAUAAUGCGUACAACGCCAAUAUUGCUCCAGGUGGUUUUGCCGCACCAUGCCCAGCGAUCCUAAGACCAUGGCCACGUGAUCCGCCACCUCUCGCUGACAGGUUCCUAUCUAAUGGUGGAAUUUCUUGGGGCAGAUGGAAUCCCGAAAUAAGCAAUGUCAAGGGUACUUCGGUUAGCUUUUCAUUCCCUCCAAUGGGCAUUUCCUGUAGGAAGAGGGCCAAUUCCUUUUGGUUGAGCCUUAACUCGGCACUGGGAGGACAUCAUCUGAAAUAGACGAAAGCGGCUGUGAAUCAAUAUUUCACCCAUGUGGGAGCUCCACGUCCACCUGGGAUGGCGCUUCAUCCGCGGGAUUCGCUUUAUUUCGAUUUAAAUAGAGCUGUUCAAGCUCGUGGUGCUCCUAGUCUUCAAGCACAACUAAAUCCGGACGCACCAGGCGUCCCAUCUCCCAUCCAUGACGUGACACCUGAGCUGUGGCAGAUGGUCGCCGACGCGUUCGCAAUAGAGCUCAUCGUGGUGUUCGAUGCCGUGAUGCUGAACAGACGCAGGCUGACCCUUGCUCGUGGUGAUCACAACGCCCGGCAGAUAUUCCUACUUCUUGAGGAAGAUGGAGCAUACAGGCCACUCGAACCUACAGUUCGUGAUCCGCCAGAUUGGCGUUACACGGAACAUAUGCCAAAAAGGAUUGAUCCUUCGGUACUUGAAUACAGGAGAUCGGCCGAGUAUAGAUCUCCCCUUUACCAAAUCGGUCCAAAUAAUCAUCUUCUCAUCCCUACAGCACCAAUCGAUGACCGAUCCACUGGGUUACCUCACGUACCCCACCCCAGAGGUGGCCUCGACGUCCUCCGGCAUGUCGUCGAUGAACCGGAUCCUGCGUCCAGCGUAAGAGGUACGCAGAUUCUACGCUAUCUGAAUACUGGGGAAUGGAUGUGAGGAGGAUUAGGUUUGGUUUGCUGCGGUGUAAAUAUUGGUUGACCUUUGGUGUAUGUUUUUGUAAUC